AUGGGGGGGUGGGGGUGGGGUAUGGGGGGGGGGGUUAUGUUGUGGGGUUUGGGUUGUUGUUGGGGUUAUGAUUGGGGGUGGGUGGUUGUUUUGGGGGGUAUAGGGGGGGGUGGUUUAGGGGGGUAUUUGUGGUGGGGGGGGUGGUGGGUGGGUGUGUUUGGGGGGGGGGGGGGGGGGGGGGAAGGGGGUUAUGGAUUUUGGAGUGUUUGUAGUAUGGGAAAUGUGUGUUGGGGGGGUAUUGGGGGGGGGGGGUGUGGUUUUUGGGUUGUGGUUGGGGUGGGGGGGGGUUUUGGUGGUGUAUGGGUGAGGGGUUUGGUGGGUUGGUGUUGGGUUGUGGAGGGGUUGGUUGGGGGUUGUGGAGUGUGGGGGGGUGGGGGGUGGGGGGGUUGGGGGGGGGAGGUAGUGGGGUUUUUGGGGGUGGUUGGGGGGGGAUGGGGUGGGGGGGGGGUUUUUGGGGGUGGGAGGUUGUUGGGUGGGUGGGGGGGGUUGUGGAAGGUUGGGGGGGGGGGUGGGGGUUGGAUAGGUUGGGGGAAGGGGGAAGAUAUUUGGGUUGUGGGUUGGGGGUGGGGGUUGGUGGGAGGGGGGGGUGUGUGGGAGGGGGGGGGGGGGGGUGGGGGAUGGGGAUUUUGGUGGUGUUAUAGGGGGUUUGGGGGUGGUGUGAGGGGGGUGUGGAAGUUUUGGGUAUUGUUUGGGUGUAAUGUGUGUUGUGGGGGUAGUGAUGGUGGUGUUGGGGGUGUGUGUGGGGUGUGUGUAGGUGUGUGUGGGGGUGUGUGGUGUGUGUGGGGGGAUGUAGUGUGGGUGUGUGUUGGGAGUGUGUGUGGUGUGUGUGUGGUGAUUAGUAUGUGGGGGGGUGGUGUGUGUGUUGUGUGUGGUGUGGGGGGUGUGUGUAGGGUGUGUGUGUGGGGGUGUGUGUGUGGGUGUGAGUUGAUGAUGGUAGGGGUGUGUGUUGGGGGGGUGUGUGUGAGGGGGGUGAUGUGUGGUGUGUUGUGGGUAGUAUGGUGGUGUGAUGAGUGGGGAGAGAGAUGUGGGGUGUGUGAAUGUGGGGAGUGUUGGGAGUGUAGUGGGGGGGGGAUGUGUGUGGGUUGGUAUGAGAGGGUAGUGUGUGGGGGGUGUGUGAGUGUGUAG